GCAGCGUUUUGCAGGUGCGUGGAGAUGCAAUGGAGGUAGAGUCCAGCACGUACACUGACUUCAUUGCCUGCGACCGGGCUGGCCGGAGGAACGCCGUCCACGACAUCCAGCGGGAGGCGACCACCAUCAGCAUGCGCAAGCUGACCGAGGGCCUCGGUGACCUCGCCGUGGAGGGGGCAGAAAGCCAAAGAGAUGCCACUUCUUCUGAGAGCGACCCUGGAGCAAGACCAAAGGGGCAAGAAAACAGCCCCUCCCCAUGACAGUGGACAGAGAGUGGGAUGGGAAGGAGGAGGGCCUUGCUGUGAGCAUCAAACAAGAAUUUGCUGUUGAAUCUGUGGACAAAAGUCAACCUGAAACAGCAAGUUGUCUGUCAAACGCCUCUGCUGCAACAGUUUUUGUUUAGAGAGCUGCAAGAUGCUGUGCAAGGACUGGCACCUCCAAAAGACUUCUACUCCCAUCCCUAACGAUUUAGAGCAACACUGCCAUGGUUGUAGUGAUAUGAGCCAUUCUCAAGAUGCCUUAGCUGCAAUUUUCCCCCUGGGGAAAAAAUUAUUUCAGUAAUAAUAGAUGCAUCAGACUUUCCUAUCCAAGGUACCUUCCUCCUUUGCAAAUUUAGACUAUUAUUUAUUCUGUUUUCAUAGGUUAGAAAUUUAGAUUAUUGUUUUUUCUAAGCCUCACCCUCAUCUUAGACCUGACCUGGUCUGUGGACCGCCCAUGCGGCCCCUCAUCAGGGUGGGCAGCGGGGAAGGGACCUGGCCAGUCCUGCUGCCUUCACAUCAAGCACCGCUCACCUGUGCUGCUGCCACUUAGCAUCAGGAGAGGACCAAAGCACAGCUCUGUGUGCGUGAGCUCCACCUAAAGCCCCAGCAGCACCCGCCACAGGCAUCUUUUUGUUUGGGUUUUUGCAUUUUAAGAUAUUGUUAAGGCGAGGGGAGAAAUAUUUUGCUGGUUUGACUGUUGAAAUUCAGGUUUAACUUUGCAAGCUGUUAGCUGAGAUGAUCUCUGGUAGGAUCUCACAUCAUUCUGUCUUUUAGGAGACAUGUUUUGUGUUAAAGAUGGUUUGAUAAAACUAUAUAAGCUGUUGAAAUAAAUGACACAGCCUUCA